AUUAUUUAUUUGUUAUUGUAUUGUUCUAGAUGAAUGUCUUUAAAAAGGGCAGUUGCCCUGUAAUUUCAAGGUGCACACGGUGCUGUAACCUGUAUCACUGUCCUUUUUGUGAGACGUACAAAACCACAUCACAACUGUCCAUUGAUUGCCAUGUAGAGAAUCAUCUAAAAUUGGCAGUACAUCAUGAUGGAAUUUCAACUUACUACAAAGUCUGCAGCAACUGCAGCAUGAUGUACAGGUACCAGGAAUUCACUGAUGGUAUCCAUAACUUCAAUGACCACCUUCUGCUUUCUCUACACUUGUGUCUGAUUUUUCGCAAUGCUCUUCAGAAUCACACUGCUGUUAGCAGAGUAAUGAGCAUACUUGAAGCCACUGCCAAAGCAAAAUUUCCCAGCAAAGACACAGUGCUCCAUGGUUACCUCCACUUUGAAGCCUUGGGCAGCCAUGACUAUUCUUACACAUGCAUCAAUUGUGGUUAUCACCCCAAAGUGGUGAUCAUGGAUCUCCACAAAAAAGGAGUCUUCAGUAUUCCUUUCAGUGAAAUAGCCACACCACCAUCAGAAUUCAAGGGUGAUACAAACAUUGUCUCUUUUUGGGAAUCCGUAACGAUGGAGAUGAUUGGCCGGGGAUUUCUUUCAAGUGGCAGGAAAAACCCCUUUGUAGUUCGUCCCAGUUAUGAUUCCUGGGCUCCUUGGAUUGGACCUAAUACCCGGAAUUCAGACAUUGUUUUAAACACUGAGCAUGCAAAACUACAAAAAAAAAAGUCCUGUGAUGUUCCAGAUCUUGACGUCACAGAGGAAAGGUUAGGUGAUGAGCUCUUUAAUCUUAAGGUUGAUGCAGUGAGGAAGCUGUGCAAAGAAUGUGGAUUGGACACCAAGGGAUCAAGGAUGGAUCUUGUGUUACGUUUGCGGACGGAGAUGCAAAACCGCUCAGCGUACGACAAAAUCUUCCAGCAGAUUUGGGGUGCUUCUGGUGGCUGGGCAGUCAUUACAUGUCCUUGUGGAGUAGUCUAUUCCAUCAAAUUCAACAUAAGAGCAGAGUCUCCCAGAGACUUUGCGGACUUGCUGCUGAGUUGGAAGCACUUUCCUAAUGUUGUUAUAUACGACUUUGCUAGAGGACUUGCAGCACACGUUAAUCUUCGUGAAGCAGAUUCUAUACCUUUCAGUCCCCAUGAAGGGAGACUUGCUGAACCAACUACAGCCAAUAUCCAGCUAGCAAAAGAAGGCAAGCUCAAAGUUAAUCUAACAUGGUUGAAAAAUAAGAAGGAGGAGGAGGAUACCAACUGCCAUCCUUUGACUGGAUCAUCAGAGCAUUAUGCUUUGUAUGACAGAUUCCACGAAUUCAAUACAAAAGACCCAAGAGAUGCUCUUAGGAGAGUCCAGGUAGUCCCAGAACUUUGUGGCUGGGUAAAUACUCAAACCGCAGAGCAACUUUUUGCUGCAAUGCGCAAAAACAAUUAUUUCCUUAACAUGCUCACGCCAUCAGGACACACAUUUUUGAUGCGCAACAUCAUUCACCAUUAUAACAUCGCACAGAAUAAAAACAUGGAGGACAGCCUGAAAAAAGUUGUAUCACCUAGUGAUCAGUUAACCUUCAAUGAUUAUGGUCAGAUAGUACUUGAAAACUUGCACAGCAACUACAUCCUGGGCCGUGGAAGGAGUAUGGACGUGAUGAUCUCAAAGAGAAUUGGAAAUGGAAGCUGA